AUGGAUGAAAAAUCCAGAAGAGUGCGCGGAAAAAACUUCUCGCUGUCGGAGGAGGUGCUUCUAAUACAGCUAACGAAAGGGCAUAAGGAUAUUAUAGAUAAUAGAAAGUCGGAUGCAGCGACAUGGAGGCAGAAGAUGGCCGCAUGGGAGAAAAUAAUGGAAGAUUUUGUCACCCAAUCUGGAGUUGAACGCUCCUGGAAGACAUUGAAGGAGAAAUAUGAAAAUUUGAAAAGGAAAUCUAAAAGGGAACUCGCCACGGAAGCACCGCAACCAUAUCCCACCCUGGGUAGUACUACCACAUCAAACGGAUAUGAAUCUAAAAAUCACACAAGAUUUUUACGUCCUUUAACUAGUUGUCAGCAAAGCACAUAUGGCAGUGACGAAAACAAUGAUGAACUAUUUGAACCAGUUUUGCAUAUUAAGACAGAGAAACUUUCACCGCACACGCCAGCCAGACAGAAGUCUACAGUGUAUGAGUAUAAGACUCCAAAAUCAACUUCAAUUCGAAAUCAUAUCCCUCUCAAACAAAGGAAAGCAGGAAAUAUGAUGGAACGAGAAAAUAUGCACGACGAGCCAGAGUGUACAAUGGAAGAGGAGAAAAAAGCUUUGAUUAAAAUUCAGCAGAAUUUUUACAAAAACGAAUCGAAAUACGCUGCUGAAAAACAUAAGAGGGAACUGAAAGUUUUUGAUCUAAAAAUCGAACUUCUGGAACUAGAAAUUGCUGAGAAAAAGCGGCGUCUUGAAAUCUUCUAAACCCCACGAGCUUUUGAACUGUCACGGGAAAGCAUUCGAUGUCUCAAACACUUUUUCUUUUAGUUAUUUAUACAUGAAAAACAUAUUUUUAAGAAAUGUUGUUUGAUUUAUUCUUUUAAAUUUUCAAAAAAGUUGAGAGAUUAAAUUAA